ACAUUCAACCAUGGGUGACUGGAGUUUUUUGGGCAACAUCCUCGAGGAAGUAAAUGAGCAUUCGACUGUAAUCGGUAGGGUGUGGCUCACGGUCCUCUUCAUCUUCCGAAUCCUCAUCUUAGGCACGGCUGCUGAGUUUGUGUGGGGCGACGAGCAAUCGGAUUACGUGUGCAACACGCAGCAGCCGGGUUGUGAGAACGUUUGCUACGACGAGGCCUUCCCCAUCUCACACAUUCGCCUGUGGGUGCUCCAGAUCAUCUUUGUUUCCACACCAUCUUUGGUGUACGUGGGCCAUGCUGUCCACCACGUACACAUGGAAGAGAAACGCAAGGAACGGGAGGAGGCUGAGCUUAACAGGCAGCAAGAGUUGAAUGAGGAGAGGCUGCCGAUUGCACCCGAUCAGGGAAGUGUCCGUACGGCCAAGGAGACAAGCACAAAGGGCAGCAAGAAGUUCCGUCUAGAGGGCACACUCUUGAGGACCUAUAUCUGCCAUAUUAUCUUCAAGACUCUCUUUGAGGUAGGCUUUGUGGUGGGCCAGUACUACUUGUACGGCUUCCGAAUCCUGCCACUCUACAAGUGCAGCCGCUGGCCGUGCCCAAACACGGUUGACUGCUUUGUCUCGAGACCUACCGAGAAAACAGUGUUCAUCAUCUUCAUGUUAGCCGUGGCCUGCGUCUCGCUUUUCCUCAACUUUGUGGAAAUCAGCCAUUUGGGCCUGAAAAAGAUCCACUUUGUGUUCCGUAAACCCAUGUGGUCGCAGGUUGAGGGACCAGGGGCGGCCGAGAAGGCCUUACCUUCCAUAGCGUCCUCCUCCAUCCAGAAAGCCAAAGGCUAUAAGAUGCUGGAGAAGGACAAAGCCACGUCGCACUUCUUCCCUCUGACUGAGGUAGGAGGAAUGGGGGCUAGGCAGCUGCCGGCUUCGUACAAGCCAUUUGAGAAGAAAACAGACAAGGCAACCACACCUAAUAAAGACAUGUCUAAGGUGUAUGAUGAAACGCUGCCCUCCUAUGCCCAGAUGACCGUGAUAGGACCAAGUGCAGCGGCGGGAGUUGUACACAGGGAUGAAGAUGAGGAUGAGUUGGCCAUCGAAGCAGAUGUGGAAGCCAGCGAGACGAUAGAAGACACGCGACCGCUCAGCAGCCUGAGCAAGGCCAGCAGUCGGGCAAGGUCAGAUGACUUGACGGUAUAAAUAAUAUAGAACUGGAUUAGAAGUUCAGCAGUGUAAUUUGUAGUUUUGGGGAAAGUAUAGAAAGAAAAAAUAAGAGAGAAAGAAAGAGGUGGCUUUCAACAACUGUUGCGACACUUAUAAUACCAGCUCUUUAAUUUGAGGAAGAAACCGAUUUUAAAAACAUAAUGCUGUGCAAUUUUCACGUGGAAACUUGAGAGCUUGAUUUUUUUUUUCAUGCAGCAGUAUUUUUUGGACUGUUUUUAUCAAACAGUUAACAAACCAGAGUUAUAGAUCUACAGCAGCUAGAUCUAUGUAGGGAGGAGGGAUUUAGAAAAAUAUGUGCUGUUUUUUUUUUUAUUUUUAUAUUUUCUAUCCAGAAUUUUACUCGAUUCUGAUAUUUACAUUUUUGGAUUAGCCAUUAGCUGAAUGUUGUAUGUGAUAUUUAGUUUUUAUUCUGAUAAGAAAACUAUAAGGGCAUCAUCCUUUUCACCUCAAUAAGUUCAACCAUACAUGAUGAUAAACACUCAAUCAAGCUUCUUGAUUUGUAUGUGAAUGGUACUGUGAUGGAUAUGUGUAUGUGGGAGGUGAAACAAAUGCUGAUAGUUGCACAGUCGUUCAUAAUGGCGUAGUAGCAAAAUAUAAAGUAUUUAUUCAAAGAAAUGACCACCGCUGAUUUACGUUAAACAUAAUACCUUGUUUAUGGUCUCACUGAUUUACAUUAAGAGUCUCUUGAUUUUUAGGUUAGAGUGUAAUAAUUACAUUAGCCAAAGAAAAGAUCGUAGGCCACAUUCUUUCUUGUCUCUGCGCAUACAGCCAUGAUGAUGAUGAUAAAGAUCACGCCCAAUCAGCACAAAGUAUUGUUCGGCAAGAGACAAUAAAACAACAUUACAUGACAUGUCACCACAGACAGUCUGACAUCCUUGAUGUUGUUGGAAAUAACAUUUUAAUACUUUGGUCCUUCAUGACAUUUCAUUAAAAAAAGGCUAAUUAAAAUAUUUUAAAGGCCAGAAGUAUUUCGCCUUUUUUACUGACU